AUGUCGGACGACGAUUCCGCGAUCGAAAGUGGUCUCAGCCGCCUGCGCUCCAUCCGCCAAGACAAGAAGCUGGAAGAGUUCUACUCCUCGAUCAACAAGGACUUCAAGCCAGUGAUCGACACGCAGAAAAACCGAAGCCACGUGGAGCGUCUCUCCGGCAAAAACGCGUUCUGGAAAAACCUCAACCCGUACCGCGUGCUGAUGCUCCCCGAAACGGCGUCGGACGAGGACAUCCGCCAGCGCUAUCUCAAGUUCUCCGCGAUGCUGCACCCCGAUAAAUGCAGCCAUCCCGGCGCGCGCGAGGCGUACGAAGCGGUCGUCGGCGCGUACACCAAGCUGAAAGACCCGAAGCAGAAGGAAGACUGCGUGAAGCUGAUCAAGGGCGCGACGAAGAGCGUGAUCAAGAACCACCAGCGAUUGAUCAGCAAGGGAAUGAAUCCGGACGCGCUGCCUAAUGAGGAAGACGCGAUCGAGGAGGAGAUCAUGCGGGUGUUCGCGCAGAACGAGCAGCGGCGAAGGAAGAUGGAGCAGUACUAUCAGCUGUACGAGCGGAGAGACAAAGAACGCCUCGAAGAGAAGCGACAGAAGACGCUGCAGGAUAUUAAGGAGCAUAGGGAAUGGAUGAACGGAAUGGAGGAGCGCGUGAACACGUGGAGGCAGCACCAGGAGAAGAUGAAACGACGUAAACCGGACAUUAAUAUGGAUAUGUUGACCGGAGAGACCGAUGCGGAUAAACGGAAGAAAAAGAAUGAGAGAGACGCGGCCAUUGCGUUAGGAGAGGAAUAUAAGCUUAAUUGGAGAUGCUCUGUUUGGAUUUUGCCAGUGCUCCUACUGCUUUCGCGACUGUUCAAGCAACAAAAAAAGGAAUUCUCUGUUGUCUGGGUGAUCGGUGCAAGUUCUGGUAUAGGAAAAGAACUCGCGAUCGAAUUUGCGUCGCAGGGAAAGAAUGUGAUUUUAAGUUCGCGUAGUUUCCAGAAACUGGAAGCUGUACGUGAUGAAUUGGUAGCCAAAUCAGGAAGAGACGUGUCUUGCUUCCCCGUUCUGCCUGUGGAUAUCGAAAAAGACGAAUCAUUUAAAAAUGUCGUUUCUGAUGCGCUGCAACUCUUCGGAUUUAUCGACAUUGUGGUAGUCAGUAGCGGACUUGGAAUCCGUGCUUUCAACGAUGAAGUCACUCCCGAAAUCGAGAAGAAAAUGAUGCAAACGAACUUUCUCGGUCCCAUCUUGCUUGUCAAGGAAGUCCUCCCUUCGAUGCGGUCUCGGCACUCCGGAUCCAUCGUUUUCAUCAGCAGUGUCCAGGGAUUCCUCUCCGUCCCAGCACGAUCGAGCUAUGCAGCCGCCAAGCACGCUCUUCAAGGUUACUGCGAGAGCCUUCGUGCGGAGGAGAGCGAAAACGGAAUCAACGUUCUGGUGGUCUCCCCUGCCUAUGUGAAGACCAAUCACAGCAUGAACUCGAUCCGCGGAGAUGGCUCCUUGUACAAUAAAAUGGAUAGCACGACGAGCAAAGGAAUGGACCCAAGAGUACUGGCAAAGAAGAUUUGUCGUUCCAUCAGUAGGAGGGAAGGAAUAUUGAUUGUCGCUCCACUUUAUAUGAAGUUGGUAAUUGUGCUGCAAUACAUUUUCCCUUCGAUCGUUGCGAAAAUGAUGAUACGGAAGGCUCGGAAAGCUCGUAGUGGUUGAUUUCUUGCU